AUGCACCCUUCGCGAAGAGCGUAUGUGGAGGAGGGUGCCCCUGAUGAUGAAGAUGGCGUGGACUUGGCUAACAUACCUGUCGAUCAUGACCACUUUGUACCAGCCAAUGCUGCUGGCAUAGCGCCAGAGAAAGCUUCGGCAAUCAUAUCGCAGUUUGAGAGGAAACGAAGAGCAGCUGCUAUUGCAGUACCUACAGAUGAUGGCCGUGUCCGCCAGCAGCUGCGUUCGAUGGGUCAGCCCAUCACGCUUUUCGGCGAGGGACCCGGCGACAGACGAGAUAGGUUGAGAGAGUUGCUUACCCAGCAAGCAGAGGAAGCGGGAGGGGGUGGGGAUCUACAAAUGCAAGAAAUGACGCAGGACGACACUGGGCAAGGGGACCAAGAUGAAGAGUUCUAUACUGAGGGAAUGAGUGAGCUUUGCGAAGCCCGAAGGGCCAUCGCACGAUAUUCGCUGCCUCAAGCAAAGGCGCGGAUAGCAAAUCAGACUAUAGAGUCAACCAUCCCUCUGCGCACCCACAUCAAGCAUCGUAAAGCCAUCAAAGAGCGACUUGCCGAUUUCGAGCUCUUUGGCACUCAAAUCGCCGGAGAUCGGCCUGUGAGCUUAGUCCGCUUUUCGCCCAGUGGAGAGACCAUUGCAGCAGGCAAUUGGUCCGGCGGGGUCAGGCUCCUCAGUGUCCCAAAUCUUGAUGACGAACGAGUCUUACGAGGCCACACGGACAGGGUCGGCGGUGUUUCAUGGUAUCCAAAUGCUACGUUACCUGGCACUAGGGUGUCACCGGAAUCUGUCAACCUAGCCACUGGUGGUGGAGAGGGCAGCAUUCAUCUCUGGAAUCUUGCUCAAGACACCCCCAUCUCGACUCUUUCUGGGCACACGGGCCGGGUCUGUCGUGUCGACUUCCAUCCGUCAGGUCAAUACUUGGCUUCCGCUUCAUUUGAUACUACAUGGCGUCUCUGGGACGUAAACACAGCUACAGAACUUCUCCUCCAAGAAGGCCACUCACGCGAGGUAUACGCCCUUAGCUUUAACACAGACGGCAGCCUCCUUGCUAGCGCAGGGCUGGAUAGCAUUGGGAGAAUCUGGGAUCUACGGACUGGUCGCACUGUGAUGAUAUUAGACAAGCAUAUCAAAGACAUCUACGCCUUAGACUGGAACUAUGAUGGCCAUCGAAUUCUAUCUGGUUCUGGUGACGGUUUUGCCCGAUGCUGGGAUUUGCGGUUAGUGCGUGAAGCCGGUGUCAUUGGGGCGAACAGGGGCGGCGUAACGGACUUGAGAUGGUUCAAGGGCGAGGACUGUAUGCUACCUCCCGCGAGAGAUGAGAAGGGAGAGGUUCAGCCUAAAAAGACAGGCACGUUCUUCAUUUCUGGUGGCUUUGACAAGAACGUCAAGGUCUUCUCCGCCGACGAUUGGGCUCUUGAGAAGACACUCAGCGGGCAUUCUGGGAACGUUCUGGGCGUGGAUGUUACCCGCGAUGCCAGGUGGAUUGCCAGCUGUGGUCAUGAUCGGACUGUGAAGCUGUGGGGUCGCGAUGACGGGGAGAGUGUCUGA